ACCGCUUAGCAAAUAAUGCUGAAAGUUUAUUGAUGAACGUUGACAAUAAUAUUUGUGAACAAUUUAAUAGCAUCAUAAAUAAACACCUUUCCGGCAAACGAAUAAAUUUUUCACAAAGGCAUAAUUACAAUGUCCGAGUAGAAGCAGCUUUACUAUCUCACAACACAUCUGGAAAAUACAUACGUACUAUUCAUAAAGCAUUAGUUCAAGAUAAAAGUCCUGGAGAUAUUGGUAAAAAGUUCUUAAUUUCAAAAGAAAAGAAAAAUGAUCAGAGAAGAAGACGUAUGUUAUUUAAUGAAAAUGUACCUAGAAACACUAAACAUUACGGUCCGGACGCUGAUUAUGGGUUAGCCGAACCUCUAGAAAACGACGAACCCGUUGACUAUGACGAAAUUAAACUUAAAUUUUUAAAUACAUUAUGUAUGAAUAUGUAUCAGCGAAAUACUCUUGAAGAAGAAACUCGAAGUCAAUCAAAUUCUAAAAAGUGGCACAUAGAAAGACGAAACAGAUUAACUGCCUCAAAUUUUGGACGCGUAUGCAAAAAAAGAGCCACUACAUCAUGUAAAAAUCUGGUAUAUGAUUUAGUAUACAGAACUUUUAAUUCAAAGGCUACGGAAUAUGGGAAAGCAAUGGAAUCUUCGGCAAUUGCGGAUUUCGAAAAAACUAUGUUUUUAAAAGUUAAGCCAUGUGGUUUAUACUGCGAUUUAGAAUACUCAUUUUUGGGAGCCAGUCCAGGUAAUAUUAAAAAUAUACUUUUUUAUAAUAGCGCAUUAUUACCAAUGUUUUUUAUUAAAAAAUAA